AUGGCAUCUACCUUGAUUUCCACAACAGCACCUGGAAAGGUCUUCUCAUCGCGAAGCGAACUGGCAGAGCAUUACAAGAGCGAUUGGCAUAAAUAUAACUUGAAACGAAGAGAAGCAGGCCUGCCACUGCUGGCAGAGAAUGAUUUUGUGACUCGCUGGGAAGCUGCUCUAGCACUAAAGCGCGAGAAGGAUGCGAAGGCUAAGCGUGGAAAGGAUCACAUUAAAAAUCCCGAAAAGAAGAAUAAACAGAAAAGUGGAGAAAACAAGAUUUCAGUCAAUGAAAGCAUCGCUGCCAGCCAAGAAAAUCCUGAAAUCAAUCCCUAUCAGAGUAUCUUCGACUCCAAAAGCUUUGAUUCCUUGGAAGAGAACGUUUCCUACAUGAACAAAAACUAUGGAUUCUUUAUUCCAGAUUCAGAACACCUGACGGAUCUCGAGGGUCUGUUGGGGUACUGUCACGAAAAGGUCAAGCUUGGUCACUACUGUCUUUACUGCAGUCGGGUCUUUCCAACCUGGCAAGGCUGUCAAAAUCACAUGAUCAGCACCCGACAUACAAAGCUACGGUACGAGCAAGGCUUUUGGGAGGAGCUUGAUCCGUUUUACGACUUCACAAGGGAUAACCAAAACUUUAUGGGAGACAGCAAUAACGACGAGAAAGGGGAAGAGGUUGCGUCCAACAACAUCAAAAAUAUUGCUGUGACAGAUGAUGACGAUGAAGACUGGGAGGAUGUUUCGGAAACUGGUGAUGAUGACGACGAUUCUGCGCGCGAGUUUAGAGGAUACGAGAAAGAAAUUGCAAGAUUUGGAUUGGAUAUCACUCCCCUUGGUGAGCUUGUUUUUCCAGACGGUCGUAUUGUUGGUCAUCGGGCACUUCACAAGUAUUAUAAACAGAACAUUCGAUCUACAGCCACAAAUGAUGCAGUUGUUGCUGCAAAAACAGCUGCUGGUGAAAGAAUGUACGAAGGUCGGGUUGUCAACAUCAAGAGUCCUCUGCCAGCUGAAACGAAUGGUGGCUCCGGCAAAGGCAUUCUUGUUCCGUUGAAGGGAGGUCCCGAAGCUUUUAGUGCUUUGUCUUUGUAUCGCUACACGGCGGCUGUCAGGAAGCAGCGCGUAGACGAUGACAAGGGACGUCGAUUGAAGUAUAGAACCACCCAGAACAUGAAUCGAAUGGACAAGAAGGCAAAUCGUCUGAUGAAUGGAGUCAGUGUGGCACAUGCAGCAAGAUAG